GUGAUGCUUUAUUUCGUCGGUAAUUGGCAUCGAGCGGGUCGUAAAUUGUUCUGGAGCUCUUGCCGAUCAGCUGUGGCCGUUGUUUCCAUCUGAGGCAUGCCAUCUUUUUCACUUGAACCAUUCAUUUGGCCUCAUCGUGGCUUUUGCUUGCUUUCUAUUCAGCGAUUGAUGUCAAACGUCUUCCGUUGCAAAUCGAAUCCUUAAUGCGUGCGUUAUAUGACUUGAACAGCACAGCAGAUGGCUCUAGUUGAAAGAUACCACACCCAGGAGGCCAAGCAGUUUAUCAAUGGGCAACCUGAUGAGCCUCAGCGGAUCGAUGACGAACCAGUGGAGGCUGGACAGCCGGUGAGAAAAGCAGUGAGUCUUGUCCAGUCGGAGGAGAGGGCCAAGCACGUUGGCAUCCUUGCCCUGGAAGUCUACUUUCCCAACAUCUACGUGUCCCAAGAUGAGCUCGAGGUGCACGACAAGGUGGCCCAAGGGAAAUAUACCUUGGGCUUGGGACAGCGGUGCAUGGCUUUCUGUGGAGACCAGGAGGAUGUGGUGUCCAUGAGUCUCACAGCGGUGCAUUCUCUGCUGGAGAAGUAUGAUGUGGACCCCAAGAGCAUUGGCAGGUUGGAGGUGGGCACAGAGAGUGCACUGGACCGCAGCAAGUCCAUCAAAACUUUCCUCAUGACCCUCUUUGCCGAGCAUGGCAAUCACGACAUUGAGGGGGUGGACAGCCUCAAUGCCUGCUACGGGGGCACAGCAGCGCUAUUCAAUGCGGUGAAUUGGGUGGAGUCGCGCGCAUGGGACGGCCGCCUGGCAAUUGUGGUUGCCACUGACAUCGCCAUGUACGCGGCCGGGCCGGCCCGGCCCUCCGGCGGCUGCGGCGCAAUUGCCAUGCUUAUAGGCCCGGAUGCACCGCUGGAUUUAGAGCGAGGCUUGUGCGCGAGCCACAUGGAGCAUGCCUACGACUUCUACAAACCCUGCGGCUUCUACCCCCUGGUGGAUGGAAAGAGCUCGGUGGCCUGUUACCUGAUCGCCCUGGACCGAUGCUAUGCAAGCCUUUGUGAGAAAUUUGAGCGGCAACGGCGACGAGCCACUUUGGGCAAUACAUGCACGCAAUCAAAUGGCUCGCCUCCCAGGUUCAGCCUGGCGGACGCAGACUUCUGCAUACUGCACUCACCCUUUGUGAAAAUGGUGCGCAAGGGGUUCGCCCGGCUGGUCUACCAAGACCACCUGCGCGCCAAGUCCAGGAAUCAGGCCCUGCAGGCCACUCGAGCGGGAGCGGCCUCGCUGGACGCAUAUCCGGCAGACCCGGACGCGUUUUCACCGGAGAGCUAUUCAGAUCGGGGGCUGGAGCGCGCGGCGACGACAGCGUCUGCUGAGGCGUUCUCUCGCAUGGUGCAGCCGGGACUCACCGCCGCGGCCGAGUGCGGCAACAUGUACGCGGCAUCGGUGCAUGCCGGGCUGGCGUCGCUGAUAGAGGCGGAGGGAACUGCGCUGGAGGGGAGACGCGUGCUCAUGUACAGCUAUGGCAGCGGCCUGGCCGCCUCGCUCUGGUCCCUCAUCGGACGCCGCAUCGACGGCAAAUUCGCCCUCGGCAGCGUCGCAUCAAAGCUGGACAUUCAGGCGAGGCUGGCGGCGCGGCGGAGGGCGGACCCGGCAGAGUUUGUGGCAACGCUUGAGCUGCAAGAGCGGCGGCACGGAGAGGCAGGGUACAAACCGGAACGGCCGAUUAGCGAUCUGCGCAGCGGCACUUACUACCUGUGCGAGGUGGACUCACUCUACCGCAGAACAUAUGCGCGCAAAAGCUGA